AUGACAAUUUUGUUGGCGUUCAAAAGCAUUGAGUUUUUGAAUGUGAAAGCCUUCCUUAUCCGACAAAACCGUGGUGAUUCACUAUUAAUGUUUCCAUUUAAACACAUCCUCAUUCUUCUUGCUCUUGUCGGUUGCGCACUGGCUCUCAAAUGCUAUUCAGGUGCCACGAGGAACAAAGAGAAGGCGCCAAAAACCACAUUAGAAUGUAACAAGAUAAAGUACUGCAUGAAAGAAACCAAGAAGUCUGGUAAAGACAGCACUCACACUUAUGGCUGUCCUUUCUCGGCGACGGAUUGCAUGAAAAUAGGUUGCGAAACCAAAAAUGACGUCACCAGAUGCUGCUGUAAUAAGGAUCUCUGCAAUGGAUCAAGAAGCUUGCCAGUAUUUCUCUCAUUUAUGCCGCUUAUUUUGGUAAAGUUCAUCCUCUACUAAUGACAGCAAAGUCCAAU